CUCCUCAGUUGUGUGUUGACCGCGGGCAGAAGUGGUUGCCAGACGCACCUCUCUACACCCACUUUCCAGUUGUUAUAACGUGCUGAAAAAUAAACCUGCCCCUUUAUUUAAAUCCAUUCAUGACAGUUAUAUUUUGGCUGUUAUGAGACAAAAGGUGUUGUGUAUGUAUCAGAAAAUUAAGUUUGUGUUGUGAUUUUAUAAUAGAUUAAGCAAUAAACUAGUGAUAUUUGCCAAGAAUCUCACAAGCGGAAGCGUAGGCCUAAGGUAUAUUCAGCCUAGGGAAGUUUGAGGAGCAGCUGAAUAUUUCACUAAUCACUCGAGGAUUUGUGUGUAAACAUCCCCGUUGGAUUAAGAGGACAGCACCAGCCAUUGUUCGCUCUGCCGCCUUGAAGUCUCCCUCGUAAAAGGUAGCGCGCGCGCGUGUGUGUAAGACAGUGAGGAUCCGAAGACCAUCAUCUGCUGUUGUUGUUGUGGUCGGGAUCCUGGUGGCCUUUCUACAGGUGUAUAUCCGGGUAAUUUAAAGAAACUGGUGGGAGGAACUCUGUUGACCUUUCUUGAUCUUCAACUGUGACCUGCAGUGACCCAGCGAACCAAGUUAAUAUCAGUGGUGACCUCCAGUGACACGAGGCGAAGUGAAGUGACCCGAGUUAACCUUCCUGUGACCUCUCGGGACCCUCCAGAAGAGCAUCAUGGAGCGAAAUAUUCCUCACGUGCUGGAUGUGUUCACCUGCUCCCCCAGGGCCAGGCGCCGCGUCCAUACCACUGAUCUGGACCAGGUCGCCGUACAGAUGAAGGACGCGGAGUUGACACAGAAGAACCCUGGCAAUGAUUCCGCGGUGUCGGUGGGCUCCAGCGACGAUGACGACGAGGCGAACAUUUCCAAGUACUUCGACUACCUGAACGACGAUGACCCGGGUAGUGGCAGCGCCUCCAGGAGGAAGAAGAAGAAGAAGAGUCAAGGGAAGGAGAACCAACAGGGAAGUGAUAAUCAAGGGAAGGAGAAUCAGGAUAAGGAUAAUAAAGCGAAGGAGAAACAAGAGAACGAGAAGUCUUCCUCAGAGAGAACCAGUCGUAAAGAGAACUACGAGAAGGACAUGCGACACAUCGAGCGUCACCUCUCCAUGAAGAAGACGAUUCGUAAGAAGAUGAUGCGUGACCUCCAGCAGGCGUUUGUGGAGGACCCCGGCGAAUUCCAGCAAGACCCCAACAUCAUGGCCCCAGAGAAAAAGAACAACAUCGACAUCCGCAACCUCACCUUCUCCAAGAGCCGCCUCUCAAAAUCAGAACAUAACUUCCUGGACAUGCUUAAAGACGAGACAGCCAAGGAGAAGGAGAAGAAGGAACGUAAGGGUAUAUUAGGCUAUAGAGAUUUUAUGAAGAAUAACAAAAAUAAGGAAUCCCAAGAUGUACUCAAGGAUGAUGACUCAGGCAAUGGCUCCCCGUCACGUGAGGCACCGAAGAAUGCCGUGAGUAAGGAGGACUUGAUAGAUACGAAGGACACGCCCAAAGAAGAGAAGAAAAUAGGAUUCUGGAAGAAACUAACAGGGAAGGGAAAAAGCAAGCGAUAAGGGGCCGAGUUUUUUUUUCCCCAUUAUGCCCCUCCUUAAAAUAAUUGACUGUGAUAACCUUCCUGUGCCUAUUGCACCAGCAGCCAUCCUUUAACUCUUCCCUGUUACGUCCUCUGUUAUAGGGUCCACCCAGUCAUAGUUUGUUUAUAACGUCAUCUGUUAGUGUUCUGCCUCAAUAAUGUUCUUCAUCUUCCUCUUCCUGACUUUGCCCCUCCACCUCUUGCUCCUCUCCCCCAUCUUUAUCUUAAAAUUAACCAUUUCCUUGUUCUCUCAAUAUCUUUAGCUUAUAUCACCUUUCUUUCCACCAUUAUCUCCUCCUCCUCCACCUUUACUAUCCACCAUUAUCUCCUCCUCCUCCACCUUUACUAUCCACCAUUAUCUCCUCCUCCUCCACCUUUACUAUCCACCAUUAUCUCCUCCUCCUUCACCUUUACUAUCCACCAUUAUCUCCUCCUUCACUAUCCACCAUUAUCUCCCCUCCACUGGUAUGUCUCUACAGUCUUCCAUCUUGCAGACCUCAGCUAGUGUUUACGAAUCGCUUAGAUGCAAAACAAACCUCACGUGUAAGUCUGUAUAAAUAUUGAUCAUGUUCCUGUAUAUACCCUAGAGUUAGGGAUUCUUUUUCUUAUUAUUAUUUCUUUUGUUAGAGGUAAUGGGUGUCCGUCAUGUUCACAUUUUGAUAAUUUAAGCUUUGGAGAAUAUCUCUAUGUGUCAGUCUUAGUUUUGAGCUGAAAUCGAUAAAUGUGAUUCUAAAGUGAUAGUUUUAAGGCUGAGGUUGAUAGACAUUUUUAUCUCACGUAUAUUUUUUUUUUUUAAUGAUUUCUUAGUUGUUGUUUGGUAAAUAAUGAAUAAAUAUAUAUAUAUAUGUAUUUUAGUUCCAUUGAAGAAGCCUGUAUGAUGCUGUUUUAGAACAUCCAUUCAACAUUUAUGAUCAGGUCAUAAGAGUUAUUAUGGGUGUUUCAUGUGACUUGGUAUUGUGUGCUUAUUGUUCCUCAUUUGUUUUGGGAUGUUGUAAGUUAGGAAUCUUGUUAUUCAUAUAUUUAUUUAAUUUUCGAGGAUGAUAUCAUAUUAGGGUAAAGAUUGGACCAAUGCUUUAUUAUUAUUAUUAUUUUAAGAUGGAGAUAAUAUAUGUGCGAUAAAAUAUAGUUACUAAGAUCCUGAGAUGUGUUUAGUUAUGAGGAAUUUUAAUUACACAAUACACGUUAUGUUGAUGAUUUAGUGCCAAUAGUAACUAGCUCUUCAAUACUGGGACUCUACAACCCACAAUGUGUUAUAGAAAUAAUGUGUAAAUAUUAUUGUAUCGAAUAUAUAUAUGUGUGUGUGUGUGUGUGUGUGUGUGUGUGUGUGUGUGUGUGUGUGUGUAAGUAGCAUUACUCUUAAGAUUUGGUAAUGCAGGGAGUUUGUUAGGUAAGUGAAGGACCCAUAACCUUGACUUGGGUUUACUUAUAACUGCUUCACUUGAUAACUAUAGUAGUGGCAACAGUGUUUAUCUGUAUCACACACACAUUUUCUUGUGAUGCUUCGUUAGGAUUCAUUCAUUACAAAUAUGUGGCAUUCUAUGAUACUCUUCUUCUCUGUGUUUUGUCUUCAGCAGCAGUUCAGUCAAAAAAACCAUAAAAAAAAAUGUUUACUGUAUUAGUUUUCCAGAUUUUUAUUAAUACCCAUUUUUUCAAUUUUGUUUUUCACCAUGUUGGUUUCAUUUCCUUGUGUGUCAUGAUUGUUACAAUGGCUAUCUCUGUCUGUACUAUAAUAAUCUUUCUUUCUGUCAACACACACAUAAUAUCACACGUCCCAGUCUUUAUUUAGUCUCAGUUACACCGAUCCUUCAGCCAGUAUUCAGAGGGACACAUAAUAAAAAACUUGACUGUGUGUGUGUAAAUAUUCACGUUAAAUGAAUUCAUAUCUCAAAACAUCCUUCAAUCUUCAGACUCAAUAAUCAUACCUAUUGUCAGUCUCGUCCAAAGGCUCUUAGGAGGAUCUGUAUGUUUGUAAAGUCUCGAUAAAUUCUUUCCAAUCCUCACAAGAGACAGGUCCUGAUCACAGAGGCACAUGCUGGCCCUUGAGAACUCUGAGAAUAUAUUCAGGUUUAAACAUACACGUUAUCUGACCAUCAUUUAAGACAUUUGUUUUGUGUUGUUUAAUUUUUGCUUUUCUCAAUACAAGAACAGGUAUUGUAUAUUAGUCUUGGGUAAAUGGUGUGUUUUAGUUUCAUUAGACAAGUUUGAGGGAAGGAGUGUAUAUCCUGUGUGAUCUUAGUCUUUUAUAUACUCUAUAGACGGAGGUAUAUAACUUUGUAUUCCAUUAUGGCUGAAUUAUAACGAGUUUGUAUCAUGAGCUUAUGUGAAAAAAACUUUAUAGGUCACAUCUUUAAAUUCUGUAGAAAGUUAUCUAUAUCAUCACCAUCGGAUCUUAAAGACACAUUUUUAGGUCAAUUUAUCACUGAGACUUGACACCUCCCGCCAUGGCUGUGUUAGUGGGGUCUAGGAGCUGCCUUGAGAGCGCAAAAUUAGGCGUUUGCAGUUUACCCCCAGUCCGCGGCGGCCAGUCGGCCGCGGCGAGUUUCCCGCGGCCAGUUGGGCUGCGGCCAGAUGGCGGCGGCCAGUUGUCCCAUUCCCGUGUUAGUGACCCACAACAAGACACCUGACAUUUUUCUGAUCAUUGUCUUUACAUUAUUUUAUUUCUCUACAUUGUCUUGUUCGUCUUGUAUGUACUUGUGAACAUUAUACACUGAUCAUUACCUAUACCUUAAUGUAUAUCUUGAGUAAAAGAAAUUAAUGGUUUAUAGAUGUCAUUAAGGAUUAUGUUAAAAAUUCAACACGCUAGAAGAUAAUGUAAAACUGCACUGAUUGUAAGCUUUCACUCCUUCAGGUUUUUUUUUAGGGAUUGUACUGUGUGUGUGUGUGUGUGUGUGUGUGAUGUUUAGCUUUUCCAAAUGUAUAAUUUUACUAUUGUAUUUAAAAAAUAAAAAGAUAAUGAAAUUUAUGCAUAUAUACACAUAUGUACAGUAUA